AUGACUGCCUCGUCAUUCUGGCGCCAAACUCUCCUCCGAUGGGCACCUCUCCGGCCGCCAUGGUGGGCAUGCAUGCAUGAGAAGAGGUCCAUAAUCCCCCUCCACAAUCAGCUAUGGAUGGCGACAAUAAUCUCUGCGUGGCGCAUGGUAGGAGCCAAAAAACAGCUCCACGACAACCUCUGCAUGGCCAUCUCAGGCGGCGAGGGUGGGCCUUGUGGUUGUGCCCCUGUUUGGAGCCCCAUAAACGUGGAUCCAUGGUUUGUCAUACGUGAGAUUCAUUUGUUUGUAUUUGUGUUGUUGGUUGGAUCUUCGCCGGCGGCCAUCAACUUCGGUGUGAUCUUGUCCCACCAACAGCUUGCUUGGUAUCUUGUCGGAGGAACACCCCAGGUAUGGUUCUGUGUCUUCUCUGUCAUGGUUGGAACCUCAAACUUGGUUGGCUGUAUCUUAGGGGCACCGUCAAGUUCGCCGUCAGCUUGUCCUACAAAGAGCUUCGUUCAUAUCUUCUCCCACAGGUAUGGUUCAUAUGUUGUUUUCCAUGGUUGCAACCUGAAACUGGUUCUACUCGCUGUUGUACUCCAUGCAUGGUUGAGGUAA